AGGGCUGCAGAACACGGCUCAGCUGUCGAUGUAUCGGGAUGCAUCGAAGUAUCGAGUUGGCAUAAAAGAAUCUGGUCUUCGUGUCGUGUUAUUCAUUCCUUAAUUGCGCCUUGCUUUAAUUUGUGGAUUUCCUCACUUUGUCGUUCGAGUAUUCAUUUUAACGACCACAAUGAAUCGGCAGGCGAAAUUCCUAGUCUUGUGCCUCUUUGUUGGCCUCUUCUCCGCGAAUUUGUGCGACGAAGCGGUAACCACACCGGUGCCAAUAGAAACCACCACGCCGGACGCCAAGAACACAACAAGUCCGCCGGACACAACCACCACUGUGACGACACCGUCGACCACAACAACGAGCACCACAACUGAGAAGACAACUGUGACGCCACCAAUCACCACAUCGACUGAGAAGCCCACGACAACCACGCCGGCUAGCAACACCACCACCACUAGCACCACUCCGGCCAGCACCACCAGCAGCAGCACCACUCCGGCCACGACCACCACCACGCCUGCUACCACAACAACUACGACCACUCCGUCUCCGAACUCGACCACAACUACGCCGCCACCACACACAUCGACCACUCCGGCGCCGAAGCCCGUGCCGUGCGGACAUUUCGAUGGAUCCUCGUUCAUUGGCGGGAUUGUGCUGACUCUGGGCCUGCUGGCCAUCGGCUUGGUGGCCUACAAGUUCUACAAGGCCCGCAACGAGCGCAACUACCACACCCUUUGAGCCGCCACCGCCUUUACGUCGGCCUUCAAUGCGGCAGCCGGAGCUGCGGCGGCCAGCAGCAGCGCCGCAUCCACGGAUGCGGAGCGUGUGCGGUUUGUCCAGCCUUCGAUACCGCUAAGGUCGCCGCCAACGCAGCCUCCGCCACCACCACCCGCCCACAUGGGUGGCAGUGGUGGUGGUGCGGCUGCAGCUCCACAAAACUGCUCGCCAUCGGCCCGUGAUCGGUUGCUGCACACAUAAUUUAAACGCGGGGAGCCACACAAUAUUACCCAAUAUAAUUAAUAUCCAAAGAGAUACCCCCGAUACCCCGAUUCCCCAACAAAAAACACACAGAGAAAACGGCAGUCAAGUAAAGUCAGUUCUUAAAUUGAAACGAUAACCCCCUGAGCGGAUUUAAUGCGGGCCGAGAUAGAAGGAGCAGGCUCUACAUUCUUGAAUACUUUCCUUAUCAGUUCACACACAGUUACAUACUACACACUCUGAAAAGAAAUCAAAUAUUUUUCCUUUUAUGCAUUGCAUCCAUAUGUAAGGGAACGUUUUUUGCAAACAUCAGUUUAUCAGCAACUUGAGCGGAUGUUCAACGCCUUAUUGAGGAGUCCGAGGAGCCGCCUGUUACCGGGUUUCCAAGGGCGACCAUGAACCGACAAAUGUAAUGAGUAAUGAGAUCGAAACGAUACGAAUCGAGAGGAGUAAGAACAAAUAACAGCAAAUAUGUGAGACUGCUUGAUAGCGAGAGAGUGAACAGAUCAGAAAAUGGAAAGCGGCUGGCGACGGCUUUGUUUCUGUAAUUCAUAGAGCUACGAAAAGGAAAUAUAAAUUUUGAUUAUAUUUACACAAUUUUUGAAUAACUAAAAUCAAUUCAUUCUAGGAACUAAGAAUAUAUACUACCUAAACUCGAGCUAUACACAAUGGAAACGCGUUUCAAUUUACUCAUUUAAUGUGCAUUUUUUUUCUCCAUCAUUAAAAAUAACCUCUGCUGCGUUUCCCCCGGUCUUUGCCCACUUGUCUAUCGAUUCUGCUCACCCCGCCACUCCGGCGUCCGUGGUAUUGCAAAAAAUCAAUAUAGCGACUAACGAUGCACGCCAACAGGAUUUUCGGAUUGCGAUGCACGGUUGAUAUGCGUUUAUAUGCGAUAUAAACAAAUAUAUCUAGUUAUACUGCUGUAGUAGAUUUCAAUUCGAGAUUCGAGGAAGCCCAGCCCCAUGUUAAUGCAUACACGCAAAUGUUGAAUAUUUUGUACUAGAAUGGAAACUAUACAUAUGAAUUACUUUUACCUAACCCUACCGCGCUUGCUGUUGGAUUAAUACACCUUUGAAGCUACAAAUCGAUCACAUAAACCCUUCAAGUUUACGCGAAUGAACACUCUGUGCACAUGAUCAAUCUCAUAAGUAUAUAAGCUAAAGUAACCAAUCAAUGUAUAUCCAGUAAAUCACUCAACCGGCUUACUACAAAUUAUAUAUAUAUAUCUCUAUAUAUAUAUAUAAAUAUCUAUGUAUAUCGUGUACGAUAAUAAAUAUUUUAAAAAUUUAAA